AUGCUACCCGUACCAGCAGGCACAAUGGUCUUUGGUCAUAUAUUCUUUAUCUAUACUAAAGAAGAUUUGAUUAAGUCCAAUGCUCGAUCAAUAUCACCUAGUUAUGUAUGCUACAAUGAUCAACUUUGUGAUAAAUUCUAUCCAAAUAAAUCAUUAAUUUCAUUUAAUAAUGCUACAUGUCGUCGUCCUGCAGAUUUUCCAUUACAAUUUAAAUUAUUCGCGUUCGCCAGAGAUGAUCUUUUUAAAUGUACGACAACAAAUAUCUGUAUUUCUCCAGCACUGGUCAAAGAUGAAUGGUGCCAGUGUGGACUUGAUCAAUAUACCUUUUGUGAUGAUGAAGAUCUAAACGAUCUUUAUAUUAGAAAACAUAUAUCAUUUGGAACUAUUUGUGAUGGUUUUACAGAAUUAAUACCUGUUACUAUUGAUGGACGAAGUGAAACAGAUGAAACAGAAUGUGAAUAUUGGCAAUGUAAUAAUACUUAUACACGAUGUGAUGGGUUUUGGAAUUGUUUUAAUGGAGCUGAUGAAGUUGAUUGUUAUUCAUCAUCAUUAUCAUUUAAUUGUCCAUAUCAAUAUUAUCACAUUUGUGUUUCACCUCAUACACAUCAAUUUAUGUGUUUACCUCUUGGAAAAGCGCAUGAUGAUAAUAUUGAUUGUAUUGGUGGUACUGAUGAACCUAAACUAUGUCGAUCAAAUGAUUAUCGAUCUAGCUACAAAAAUUUUCAGUGCAUCAAUGACACAGGCAAACUUUGUAUUAAACCCGAAGACUUGUGUUAUCAAAGUCAUUGCCAAGACAGAACUGAUAUACAAUUUUGUGACAACACUCGAGAUAUCCCCAUACACUCUACUAUUUGUGAUGAACAGUAUGAAAGCGUUCGUUCUGAAGUUGAAAAUUUCUUUUGUACACGUCAAUUGGAUGCCAAUAAACCGACAGUGAUACAUUUUUCACUUGGUAAAUCAACGAACUCAACUAAUCAAAUAACUCAACAACAUACAAAUGAAAUGAUCUUACAUUCAUCCACCAGACAAACAGCUAUCCAACAGCAUCAGCAACGUUGUCAUCGUGGUCUUCCAUUACAAAUUUGGUUAAAUAUUGAUAAAAACUUGCCUAUUGCCGCAUGUCUUUGUCCACCUAGUUUUUAUGGUAAUAUGUGUCAAUAUCAAAAUCAACGUGUUAGUCUUACAUUACGAUUUCAAACAUUUUCUGAUUCUCGACAAACAUUAUUUGCAUUAAUUAUUUUACUUAUUGAUGAUAGUAAUGAAAGAAUUAUUCAUUCAUAUCAACAACUUACUUAUAUUUAUAUUCGAGAUUGUCAAACAAAAUUUAAUAUUUAUUUACUUUAUUCAACUAGACCAAAAAAUUUAACAAAAAAUUAUUUCAUUCAUAUUGAUAUUUAUGAAAAGAUUUCAUUUACAUAUCGAAGAAGUUUUUUAAUUCCACUUAAAUAUCCAUUUUUACCUGUGCAUCGUAUUGCUGUUCAACUUAAUAUUCCACGUACAAAUGAUAGACAAGAAAAUUGUUUAGAUCAACCAUGUAUACAUGGUCAAUGUAUUAGAUAUUUAAAUGAUAAAAGUUUUUGUCAAUGUUAUCAUGAAUGGACGGGAAAAUAUUGUACUAUUCCAUAUAGAUGUACAUGUUCAUCUGAUUCAUUAUGUAUUGGUAUAUCAUCAAAUAAUCGAUCGAUUUGUAUUUGUCCACGUCAUAAAUGGGGUUCUCAAUGUUUACUUCAUAAUACAAUAUGUUAUUCAAAUCAAAAUGCUACUUGUCAGAAUAAUGGUAAAUGCAUACCUAUUGAUGAAAAUAUCAUCUCUUAUAAGUCAUUUAUAUGUAUCUGUCCAAAAGGAUUUAGUGGAGAAAGAUGUGAAAUAGUUGAUAGUAAAAUAAUUCUAUCAUUUCAUAAAGAUAUUAUUUUACCACAAAUAAUGUUUGUUCAUUUUAUUCGAGCGAUUGAUAAUGGUCCACAUGAAAAUGGUUCUACUUUCAAAACUAUUCUUGCUGAUCAAAAAUCAGUUACUAUUCAAUGGGCACAUCCAUUUCAUGUCGCUUUUCUUGAUUUUUUCAAUAAUAGCUACUAUUUAAUUAUUAUUCAAAAUAAAUACAAUCCAUCGACAAGAAUUAUUCGAACAAUUACUCCAUUAGAUCAUUGUAAACAUAUAAGUGAAAUAUUGAAUGAAACUAUCAUGAAACUUCAUCCUCUUCGUCGUAUCAAAUAUUAUCAAUUACCAUGUCAAAAACGUUCACCACUUUUAUCUUGUUUCUAUGAUGAUAAUCAUUUUUGUUUCUGUAAUGAUUAUGAUCAUCAACGUUUAACUAAUUGUUUUGAAUUCAAUCAUGGAAUUGAACAUAAUUGUUUUGGUCAAAGUAAUUGUGAAAAUGAUGCACAUUGUUUACAAGACAAAGCAACUUGUCCACAAACAUCAAUAUGUGUUUGUCCAAAAUGUUUUUAUGGAGCAAGAUGUCAAUUUACUUCAAAUUUAUUUGAUCUUUCACUCGAUGCUAUCUUAGGUUAUUAUAUUCAACCACGUAUAAAUAUUAAACAUCAACCAUCUAUUGUACAAGUCAGUGUGGCAUUGACAAUAAUCAUUAUCAUAGCUGGAAUUACUGAUAGCGUUCUAUCGAUAAUCACAUUUGGAAAUAAAGAAUCACGUAAAACUGGUUGUGGUCUCUAUUUGUUGACUUCGUCAAUUAUUACUUUACUUAUUAUGGUUAUUUUUGCAUUGAAGUUUUGGAUACUUAUCAUUGCACAAAUAACAUACAUGACAAAUCAAUCAUUUUUAAAGUUUCAAUGUAUUUCAAUAGAUUUUUUUCUACGAAUUGGUCUUAGUAUGGAUCAAUGGUUAAAUGCAUGUGUAGGUAUAGAAAGAACAAUUACCAUAAUAAAAGGAACUAGAUUUGAUAAAAACAAGAGCAAACAAAUAGCUAAAUAUAUUAUUCUUAUUCUUCUCGUUAUGACUACUAGCACAACUAUUCAUGAUCCUAUUCAUCGACGUCUACUA